UUGGCCGAACCCAGUGUGCCAAAUCCACUGUGUGGCACACUGGAUGGUACAUAGCGGUCGGUCGAGAUAACAGGAUUUUUUUCUGGACUUUUUGGGGAGACAAACAAGAAGAUACCCUUGUGACUUCGUUGCUCUCCCUCCCCUGUUCGGAUUCCCUCGCUGCAACCAUGGUGGUCAUGAAGAUGAAGUUCCCCUUUGAGAAAAGGGUGAAGCUAGCCCAAGGACUGUGGCUGCUCUCCUGGUGUACCACAGUUGCUGGUGCUAUCACCUUCAGCCUGGGCUGCAUCCUGAAGACAGAGCUCCGGAGGAGGGCAGAGGUAAUGGAUAACUCAGAUAUACAUCUUGUGCCCAACACCCUCGUGAUUGUUGGUCUGGCGUCCUUGGGCAUCAACUACUUUGCCACGAGGGUCUGCCAGGAUGCUCUGGAUGCGGGCCGGUUUCCUCGCUGGAAGACCAUGCUGAAGCCCUAUUUUGCUGUUUCUGCCUUCUUCACUGUCCUCAUGCUGCUAGCCGUCAUCAUGAGCUAUGCUAUGAAGGGCAGCCUGGAGUCAUCCCUUAAGGUUGGCCUGAAGAACGGCAUCCGCUUCUACAAGGACACAGACACCCCGGGGCGCUGCUUCCUGAAACAGAACAUUGAUCGGCUGCAGAUGGAGUUUCAGUGCUGUGGAAACAAUGAUUUCAGGGACUGGUUUGAGGUCCAGUGGAUCAGCAACCGCUACCUUGAUUUCAGCUCCAAGGAAGUGAAGGACCGGGUUAAGAGCAACGUGGAUGGGCGUUACUUGGUAGAUGGAGUCCCGUUCAGUUGCUGCAACCCCAGCUCUCCGCGGCCAUGCAUCCAGUACCAGCUAACCAACAACUCGGCUCACUACAACUAUGAAUACCAAACCGAGGAGCUCAAUAUCUACCUCAGAGGCUGCAGGGAGGCCCUGGUCAACUACUACAUGGGCCUUAUGAACGCAAUCGGGGCUGGAGUAAUGUCAGUCUUCCUCUUACAGGGCUCUGUGCUGGUGAGCCUGCGGUUACUACAGACUGCCAUGGAGGCAGUGGCCGGGAAUGAGAAUACAGAGAUUGAGACAGAAGGGUACUUGUUGGAGAAAUCGGUGAAAGAAACCGUCAUGGAGUACAUCGAACCUGUGAUGAAGUUCUUCCUGCUCACAAACCAGGUGGAAGAGGGAGAUCCUGGAAACCCUGCUUCCGCUUAAAGUUCAUAUGAUGGACACAGAUGUAAAUAAUUUUUACAAAGAGAUAAUUCAUUAUUUCAAUUUUAAAAGCAAAAUAUUAAUGACAAAUGUCUACAAUUUCAAAGAUCUAUUGAUAGUAUUUUAUAUUGUCUGAUGACCAUCACUGGUGAAGUGAAUUUUUUCCUAUAUUACUGUUCUUGUCUUUUCACAUUCCAUAUAAGGAACUGAUAACCCACAGAACUUAUUUUAAGCCUAUGGUUUUUCAGAUAAUUGUCAAUAACAUCUCCAUUCAAAAUAAAUCAUUUCCCAGUUUUAUUUUUAUGUUAAAUAAGGUUAGUAGAACAUGAGGCACUAUGCUCUGCUACACAACAAGAGUAUUGGACAUAAUGUAACAAUGUCUUAUUAAAGUUUGAUAUUAUUAAAUGC